GUUGGAACCAUUGCGGCGACUUCCCUUGUCGCGAUGAAGAGGUGGCAUGGAGCUGGUGAAGCCUUGGACACAUUGACGGACACACUUUCAUGGAUCUCAAGUAUCAACAUCGCAGCACGGGCUCAGCCAAGGUUAAAAAUAGCCCGCGAUCCAAGGCUCGAGAGGUGGCUGGAGGCAUAUUUUCUCACCACAGGUACGUUGUCAUAUUUAUUAGUGAGUUUUAACUUGUUGCCAACCCCUUCUUUUUAA